UCGUGACACAUGAGAGAACUGGGUGGGUUUUUCUGAUAGAAGUCGUUUGCCUUUCAACAGGGCAGGUUUCUUGAUCAGUGUUCACCAUACAAAAACGGGCAGCCAGUUAGAGAGACGGUCGAUCUUGAGGAUCUUGUCCGAAAUGGAUCCAUUUACAGAGAAACUUCUAGAGCGCACUCGUGCGCGGCGUGAGAAUUUGCAGAAGAAGAUGGCGGAUAGGCCCACAGCCGCCAACCGGCAGAUGGCAAAGAGGAGCCGAGAGCCCCUGGCCGAGAGCAACAGCCUGAUCAGCGAGCCCCCCGUUGAAAAGGUUCCAUUGGCCCCUGCUGCUAAGCCUUCGCCCUCCAAACGCCGUUGCUCAGAUGAGAACGCACUCAACGUGGCCCAGGCCGAAAAUGUCCACCGCACACACACAAACACUCCUCUGACCACAGACCCCAUCGUCGACAGGAAGCCUCCCAUCGCCCCCACAAGCGUGUCUCCAGCCUUCUCCUUGGCCAAGGAGAGACCGGCCCCCACUCCUACAGCCACCCGGGGGGAGCCCGAGCCCCUGGUCGUAGCCUCCCAGCCAGCCCCAGAGCCGGAGAGAGUGGCCAUACGGCCCCAAGAGGAGGCCCCCAGGGGCCGGGACAUGGAGAUGAAGCCCACAGCGCCCCUGCUGGAGAGGGAGAGGCAGAGCGUGAUGGACAACGCUGCCCCGACUACGUCCGGUAUGAGGGCCCGACUGCAGAAACUGGCCGCCCAGAGGACCAACUGGGAUGGCGAGGGUUCUUCUGAUGUGGUCGUCAUGGAUGCAUCGCCCCAUAAGUCCCAGCGUUACGACGUGCCCCCUGACCCCGCGCCCCCGGCCUCCGGCACUCCCGUGGGCAGAAAGGGCCGCUUGGCCAACCUGGCCGCCACCAUCGGGUCGUGGGAGGACGAUCUGAGCCACGCUUCGGGACGCAAAGACAAUGCACAAGGGGCACCAGCGAAGCCUGGCACUGGGACUGGCUCUGGGAAUGGCUCCAGCGGUGCCCGCGGUGCCACUCCCACCAGUGCCGCGGCUCAGCAAAGCACAGCUGCCAGCAAGCAAACCCCCACAGCACGCCAGCCUCCAGUGUACUCUCCGGUCAAGUCCGACCGUGUGGUGUUGCCGAGUGCCCAGCACACAGAGGCUCCGGAGCCCCGUCCUGCUCAGCCCACAUCCCGCGCUCUCCCCUCCCCCGUCUCCAGCCCCCAGAAGACCCCGCUCUCCAGGGGAGCUAUCCCAGCCAGCCCCCAGAAAACACUCUCCUCCCUGGGCUCCGCAUCUGCACGGAGCCCCCUUAAGUCCCAGGGCUUGUACCGGGAGCAGGACGCAGGAAAGGGGUCGAUUGGUGCCAGUCCCCAGAAGCCAGGCUUGCCCUCCAAACCCACCCCUGCAGCUGGUGCUACUGCUGAUGCCUCCCAGGCGCAUGCCAGGGAGAGGAGCACCCGAGAUGCCACCCCUGCCCAGCCCAAGGGCACUGCAGGGACACCAGGAGUGAAGUCCUUCCUGGAGCGCUUUGGUGAGCGGUGCCAGGAGCUGAACACUAAGAGCUCCCCGUCAGUGGCCAAGGGGAACUCCACCCCCAGCGCCACCCCGUCUGCCACCCCCACAUCACGCCUGGUCCAGGAGAGGCUCAACAAGAUCCAGGGCUCCACCACCUGCGCUGAUCUGACCCAGAAGCAGAAGAUGGAGCGAGAGAUGGAGCUGGCGCAGAUACGCAGUCGAUUUCAGAAGGGCAACACAUCAGCGAACAAACCAGAACGAGUCAAGGAGAAGGUUGAUCCCCAGCUGAAGGAGAAAGAAGUCAGCGAUGAGCAUUUGGUGCCCUCUGGUGGUGAUUUGAGCGCCACCACUGAGACCAGAACAGCAGAGAGACACACAAAGCCCCCCACCACUGUAACUCCAAGCCCACUGAAGAAAGUAGAUAUGUCAGCCGAGAAGAUGGCACAUGAGUUCAAGGAAGUUGAGAAAUAUGAGAGACGUGAGGAAGAGGAGGAACAGAAGGACGAAGAGGAAGUGACAGAGAAGGAAAUGAACGUGGACGGCUCCAUCAACUCUGCGGUGAUAAACAAUCUGUUUGAUGGAGUCCUGGAGGACAGCAACGAGCCGAGCGCUGAUGAAGAUGAUGAUGAUGACGACGACGACGACGAGGGUGGGCUGAAUAUCUCGUCCAUGUCUCUGCUGACCCCACUGGCGGAGACCGUGGCUGCAGUGGUCAAGAGCCCCGAGAGGAAAUUCAUAACGUCCACCCCCGCCAGCUCCUUCCUGGAGAAGAGCAGCACCCCAGACAGCUCCUCCAGGCUCAGCAAGUUCCAGAAGGCCCGUAUACUGAAGGCCGGUUCCUCAGACAGCCUGGAGAAUACAGAUGGAGAACAGAACCUACUUUACAGCAUUGACGCCUACAGGUCGACUCGCGUGAAGACUGAGACGGAGAGGCCGCACGUGAAGCAGGUGAUCGUCAGGAAGGAGGACGUAUCCCAGAGGGCCGAGCAGCAGCAGGCCCGUGCCGCCAGCCACGUCAGCAUCAAGCAGAGGAUGAAGGAAUUGACGAACGAGAUGAACCUGCAGCAGACCGUGAUCCACCAGGCCAGCCAGGCGCUGAACUGCUGCACAGACGAGGAGCACGGCAAGGGCGCUCAGGUGGAGGCCGAGGCAGAGAGACUGCUGCUCAUCGCCACUGAGCGUCGUCUGGCCCUGAAAACGGAGCUGGAUCGUUUGAAGGCGGAGGGCCCCAGAGCGGAGCGGGGGGGCGCGGGUUGGUCCGAUGGGGCCUCGGCCUCUAAAGGUUCCAUCAGCCUGCUGGAGCUGCGACUGCCCCUCAAAGCCGACUUCGUCUGCUCCACCGCCAACCGGCCUGAGUCGAGCAGCCAUUACUUCUUUGUGAUGAUCCGUUCUGGAGCAGAGAACACAGUGGCCACGCCCCUGGCCAGCACCCGCAAUGCGCUCAGUGGAGAUGCCCUCACCUUCUCCACCAAGUUCACACUGCCUGAAGUGUCCAAUGACUUUGAGAUUGACAUUGAAGUGUACUACCUGGUCCAGAAGAGGGAGCUCAACCCAGACAAGAGGAAGAAGCCCAACAAGUCAAAGGCCAUCACUCCCAAACGCUUCCUAUCAAAGAGUAGUCUGCAGACUCCAGUGAUGGCCAGUCCUGGAGGCCCCAACGCAGUGCGCACCAGCAACUUCGUCCUCGUUGGAUCACACAAGCUUACGCUCGCUUCCAUUGGGAAGAACAAGUUCCCUCUGGAAAAGAUCAAAUAUGAAGGGAUUGAGAGAGACCUUCUCAGUGACAUGUUUCAGAAAAAGGUGCCUUUCCUGUGUCCGUUGGAAGGGCACAUCUACUUGAAGAUGCAGUGUGAGGUCGGCUCACGGGUGGAAGAGAGGGGCUUCCUGACGAUGUUUGAGGACGUGAGUGGUUUUGGGGCGUGGCACCGGAGAUGGUGUGUGCUCUCAGGGUACUGCAUCUCCUACUGGACCUACCCCGACGACGAGAAGCGCAAGAACCCGAUUGGGCGGAUCAACCUUGCAAAUUGCACGAGCCACCGGGUGGAACCGGUGAACCGUGAGUUCUGUGCGCGGCCCAACACGUUUGAGCUGAUCACGGUGCGGCCACAGAGAGACGACGACAGGGAGACCCUCGUCAGCCAGUGUCACAACACCAUGUGUGUCACAAAGAACUGGCUGAGUGCAGACACUAAGGACGAGAGGAAUCUCUGGAUGCAGAAGCUCAACCAGAUCCUGGUGGAUCUGCGUACAUGGCAGCCAGACUCCUGCUACAGGCCUGUGUAAGCACGCCCCCCUAUUGACUGGGAGGACCAACAGCACGGAUGUGGUCUCAUCCCAGCCACCUACUUCAGGGACAGUCAGAGGACAUGUGCAAUACAAGCAUGAAUAAUAAGCAACUUGGUUGUGUAUUUCAGAAAGAGUAUUUUAAAGUAAAUGACAAUGAGAGAGAAGAAGUCAAUAAAGCCAUACUUACUGCCCUGGAUUUGUACAGGCAUUUCAGUGGGAGGAAGGGCAGGAGAUCUGUCCCCUCAGUUGCUUAUCAGUCUGGGGAACGUAGUGUUCUUUAAUCCAUUUUCCUUUGAAUUUGUCACAGGGCAGUGUGUUGUGUUCUUUUCCAUGUGCCAUCCCAGUUAUUGGGAUAGAUAAAAAAUUCAUUCUGGCUUAUUGAUUGAGUCUGACGAUGUCCUUGUUUCAGGGUUUUUUUGAUCCUUUUUUAUGGGUGGAUAAAAUGGAUAGAUGUCAGUCAAUAUUAGUUUUCUGUAACUUGUGCUAUAGAACAGUGUUCAUACACAAAUGCUGGGCUUAAUCCACAGCAAAAGAUGCUCUAUAAUUUACUUUUAACACUUUUUUUGACGUUUUAUCCAUUUCUGCAGAAUACAUGUAACACCACAGCUGUAUCCUAUUUACUAAGAUGGUUAUUUAUCAUGUAAUGCACCAAUAGAACAUUUUAAGCUGAUAUUUCUACAAUAACUACUACUACUGCUGUCACCAGAAACACUUUUUAUGUUGUUUUUAUGUACAUGUUUGUCUUUCUGUGUGUAUAUGGUCAUAAAUUCUAGAUCCAAAUGGUUGUUGCUUUUUUACUAUCAGUCAGAGGUCUGAAUCUAAACUGAAUAUAUAGGCUACAUGCUCUGCUUUAACCUCCAGAGUCUGGGUGAUUAGGCCUCGGACUGACGCUCUCUUAACGUCUAUGUGGGAGGUAACCUUUUAUCUAAGUGUUUA